AUUCCCAUCACGAGCUUAGAUUUUAAGAAAAAGCGUUGGUCAUUUCCGUGAAUCCGUCCCUCUGCAUCUCACUUCUACCUCAGAGGCAGUUGAUGGAGGGGAGGGGUAACACCCCAGUUCAGGAUUGGGCUGUGUUCAUACAGGACGUGUGUGCGCGCGGAGAGGCAGCAGUUUCCCCUUUCAGCACACAUCUUUCUUUUUUUUCCCCUCCCCAAAAAUGGCUACAUUCAAGCCCUGGGUGGUUUGCUGCUUCGUCUCUGCUGGUUUAAUCAGCGCGGUGGCUCUGGUCUGCCUGUGCAUCUUCCCAAUGGGACACAGAGCGUGUCCCGGCGGCGCUUUUACGCACGCGGCUGUGGCCGCGGACUCCCUCCGCUGCUCCGAGGUUGGCAGGAGCAUGCUCCAGCAAGGGGGGUCGGCAGUAGAUGGCGCCAUUGCAGCUCUUCUGUGCACGUCCGUGGUCAACCCUCAGAGCAUGGGGAUUGGAGGAGGAUCUAUAUUAACCGUAAGAACUAGUAAAGGCCACGUGAAAGUCUACAACUUCAGAGAGACCGUCCCAAAGACGUUUAAAAAGAACCUGUUGAAUGACUGCACUGGCACAUUCGGACUGACCACAGGCAGCCAAUGGAUCGGCGUUCCCGGGGAGCUACGCGGGUACGAAGCGGUUCACAAACAGUAUGGGAAGCUGCCUUGGUCCAAGCUGUUUGAGCCAACGAUCAAACUGGCCAAGGAGGGCAUCCCUCUGCCGGCGUUCCUGGGAAACCUUCUGCAGUUCGGCAUUGUGAAAAAUCACGUGGAGAAGUCCUCUCUCUGUGAAGUUUUGUGCAACAAAAACAAAACUGUUCUGAGCACAGGAGACAUUCUGAAGUUUCCUAAACUUGCAGAAACAAUGCAAACAAUUGCAGCCGAAGGGGCAGAUGCCUUCUACACGGGCAGGAUAGGACGUGAUCUAAUCCAAGACAUAGAAGCUGCAGGUGGAACUUUGAAAAGGGAGGAUCUGCAGUCCUUCCAUGUGCGUGUGGAGGACGCAUGGACAGUUCCUGUCGGAGACGCUAAGAUGUACGUCCCUCCGCCGCCUGCCGGGGGCCCCCUGCUUGCCUUCAUCCUAAGACUGAUGAAAGGGUUCCCCUUGUCUCCAAACUCCCUGGUUGGUGAAGAGAAGAUUCUGACAUACCAUCGUUAUAUUGAAGCGGCAAAAUUUACUAAUGGACAAAAGAGCAGCAUCAGUGAUCCUGUCUUUAAUGACAUAAAGAGUGCAGAUCAUUUGAACGAUGCCUCCUUCAUUAAUCGCAUCAGGGACAUGAUCCUUUCCAACGGCUCCCACAACGACUCCUACUACUCUAAUGCCAAGCCCUCCAGGGACCACGUGGGGACGACACACGUGUCCGUCCUGGAUGAAGACGGACUGGCCGUCUCUGUGACCAGCACCAUAAACCAACUGUUCGGAGGAGGCGUUUACUCUCCACGAACAGGCGUCAUCCUCAACAACGAGCUGAGUGACUUCUGCGGGAGAGCCUCGACCGUGCGGGCAGGUGAGCAGCCUCCUUCCUCAAUGAUUCCAGUAAUACUGGAGUCAAAGUCCGGUGGACUCCUCGUGAUUGGCGGAUCGGGGGGCAGCAUGAUUACCUCGGCAGUGGCCAUGUCUAUGAUGAAUCGUCUGUGGCUGGGGAUGAGUCUGAAAGACGCCAUUGCUGCGCCCAUCGUGUUUGUGGAAUCCAACAAUAGUGUGAAUUAUGAGCCUGGUUUUAACAAGUCUGUGAUAGGUGACCUCGCACGUUUCGGACACAGGUCAGGGACCUGGAAAUACUUCUUCAAUGUAGUGAAUGCUGUGGAAAAGGAGAACGGAUGCAUAGUGGCCGUAUCGGACAGCAGGAAGAAUGGGAUGUCAGCUGGAUACUAACCACACAGACAAUGAAAGGAAAAUGCCCUAAAGAGUGACUGAACCUUCAGCCUUAAGAACAUUGAACGUGCCAGCAGCUAAAUGUGAUGAACGCAGUGCUUCUUUUUUGGGUGAGCUGAAACACGAGUCAAGAAACUACUAACCCCAAAAGAUGUUCCUGGGUUAUAACAACUUUUAAAAUGUGAUUGUUAUUAUUUAAACAACAUUGUAUUCACUAGAGUAAAGGCAGAGAUCUUGGAAGUUACCAACGUUGGUUAAAAGUAGUGAAAUGGGGCAAGAAAAACAAAUUAUUACCUCAACCACACAACCGUUUGAUUCAACAUUUCGAACAGCGGUUUACCAGAAUAAUUUACUCAAUGUCCACAUGCAAAGACUUUCUGGAGCUUUCAACUGCGUGUCUGAAGUCCUCAACACCAAAUGGAUUUCCCUCAGUUGUCAUGGCAAUUAAAUUCAAUUUCGGUAAAGCGUAAUCCUCAACAAUUUGAGUAACCAUGGCGACUGUUUGAAAAGGGUUUAAAUAUCCCCACUUUCAAGUUUCUUGCCCCACCGUUCUUCUUCCUAGGGAUGUUGCCAGAUCUCACCAAUUAACUUGAUAUAUAACUAAAAUGUAAGCCUCAAAUUGUAGAGAGCACAGAAAUGUUUUGAGUCAUGAAAACAUUUUCACUACAGCAUCACAUCACAUUGUCAUCACACACACACACACACACACACACACACACACACACACACACACACACACACGUCAUUCCAGCAUGAGGCUGCUACUGUUGCUGCUGGGAUCUGCUUUCACUUGCUGCAGGAUUGCACAUUUACCAACACGAGCAAUAAAGGUAAAUCUACUCUAAUCCAAUUUAACAAAACCAAUCACCUGUAUUACAGGUCUAAUAUCCACAUGUUUCUUUUUCUGACUGAACUAUGGAAUUCUGUUUUUAGAAGUGUUCAUAGUAGAUGAGCUGUGAAGUUCUUUAAAAGUGACAUUCUGUCAAACAGGGAAUUAUUACUGUUACCUUAAAUAUCUUACUGUAUGUGAAACAACUCUGGUUUGCUCAGGGGCUCGACGGUCCCUGAACAUGUUGUAAUAUUUGUUUGAAGGUUAAAUAUAACACAAGUUGAUAAUGAAGAUCAUGACGGUCUUACCUAAAAUAUGUUAUUUUUUUAAAUAUCAAUAUUACAUUUAGUAUUUUCUCUGUAUUUUUCACAUCAAAAUGUUUUGUAAAAUAUUUGUGUUCACAAUAAAAGAUAAAUUCCCAACGAGUUAUUGAGUGUCUGAUGUAC